UGGAGACUCCAGAAUAAUCCUCUGUGCGCAGCGCAGAGAAGAGGAAGGGGAGGGAGCGCCUCCGUGCUGAGCGUUAUCUGACUGACGCCCUUUGAUCAACAACCAGCACGCUUUAUUGACACUCGCCUUCUGCAAAACUUCACCAGAGACGUCAACGCGGACUGGGGAGACGUGAGGAGACACGGCGGUGCGCGUGCAACUUAAAACAGCGAGUGACGCCGUCUGGCAGUAAACAGGAGGAUGUGCAGGACGAGCUGCGGCACGGCUCACUGACUGCUGAGCCAUUUCAACGCGUCGACUGUUUGUAAACACGGACAGCUUGGGCCGACCAAGCUGUGCUUUUUUCGUUUUGUCCUGAAAGCGCACAGCCAGUGCUUUACGAGCCGUGGCAAUCUUAGAAGGGGCACCGAUGGCCCACCGUGUGCACGACCACCACCAGGGCCGCCUGCCUGUGGCCCCGACCGCCGUGCUGACCCUCCCACCGUCCAGCCAAGCAAAGGACCUGAGCCCCACGUUGACCCCCUGGGACUCUCUGCUGUGCGGUGCGUUCGCUGGAGUCGUGGCCAAAACGGUCAUUGCACCCCUGGACCGCACCAAGAUCAUUUUUCAAGUGUCCUCGAAGAGAUUCUCGGUAAAGGAGGCCUUCAGGGUGAUCUACUGUACGUACAUGAAGGAUGGAUUCCUCAGUCUGUGGAGGGGGAACUCUGCCACCAUCGUCAGGGUCAUGCCCUACGCUGCCAUCCAGUUCUGUUCACAUGAACAGUACAAGAAGCUGCUGGGGGGCUACUAUGGCUUCCAGGGCAAAGCGCUGCCUCCUUUCCCACGGUUUCUGGCGGGCUCUCUGGCUGGUAUGACCGCCGCCAUGCUGACUUACCCUUUGGACAUGGUCCGAGCCAGGAUGGCCGUCACCGCCAAAGAAAUGUACAGCAACAUCAUGCAUGUCUUUGGGCGAAUCUCCCAAGAGGAAGGUGUGAAGACGCUGUACAGAGGUUUCACCCCCACCAUCUUGGGUGUUAUUCCAUAUGCAGGGAUCACAUUUUUCACCUAUGAGACCCUCAAAAAGCUCCACGCAGAUAAGACAAAGAGAUCUCACCCUUACCCUUACGAGCGCUUGGCAUUUGGAGCCUGCGCGGGCCUGAUCGGACAGUCGGCCUCGUACCCGCUGGACGUGGUGCGUCGGCGCAUGCAGACGGCCGGAGUGAUCGGCUCCUCCUACGCCACAAUCCUGGGGACCAUGCGGGAGAUCGUGAAGCAGGAGGGCGUCAGGCGGGGACUGUACAAAGGCCUGAGCAUGAACUGGGUGAAAGGGCCCGUCGCAGUGGGUAUUAGCUUCACCACAUUCGACAUCACACACAACCUCCUGCUGAAGCUGCACCAGAUGGGCUACUCCAUCCACUGAGUCAGCUGAGGACGCUGAAAGAGCGCUAACGGAGGGAAAGUACAGAUGACGCUGGCACAAGGAAUGGGAGCCCAGCCCGUUUUCGUGGCAGUGACGGGUAUCUGCUCUCUGCAGGACCAUCCAACAACACACUCCUGUUUCCUUUUACAGAGGAUGUCCGAGCUGUGAGUGAGCUGACAGGGGGUCUGAUUAGCAACAAAUGCAUUAUCACAAACUUGGCUUAACGCAAGGUGAUCACUAACUUUGCAUAAGGGCACUCAAAACAAUGUUUUUACCAUCAUCAGAGUGAUCAAAAACAUGUCUGAGAAAACAUGGCACCACUAGUAUGAUACAUGGUAAAGGACAGCUUUGUAAAUGACGAGUUAAAAUGCACUUUAUCAGAAUUUUCCUGAUCUUUAUCUUACAGUAUAAGCAAAUUAUUGUUUUACUAGCUUUUUUUAUUUUUUAUUAUUUUAAACAAAUACACAUUUUAAAAGUUUUUUUUGUCUUUAUUAUGGCAAAGAGCGUGAUGAUGCUGGGUAUCUGUGUGCAGCUAAAGGGUGAUUAAGUAAGUUCAAGUUCUGUGACGGUGCAAGGGAGGAUUUUUCCCAUUGAAAGGACAAUUGCAGCUCUGUUUCCCAUUUACACUAUUCCAUCCUUCCAUCCUUCCAUCCAUCCAUCCAUCCAUCCACCCACCCAGCACUGUGGUGGUUCAUCUGUAUCUCAAAUAACUGUUUUAGAGACGACGCUAAUCAAACAUAUUACAAAUUAAAAUGUAUCAAUAUGAAAGACUUUUGUCUGUAUGCAAUAUUGUUUAGAUCUCAGCAUAUCCUAAAAUGUAUUUGCCUGCAUUGUUUACAGGCCUUCUCAAUGGCGUCACUUGAUUGUACGGAUUGUCCUUUUUCUUUUUUUUUUUUUUUCUUUUUUUUUCCAGCGAUAAUUUUCAUGUGUCUGGAGGAGAAAUCGCACCUUUUUUUUUUGCCACAUUUCAGAGGGGAAAUUUGCCCAGAGAUGUUUACAGUAUGUUGACCGUGCAAUAAAUUUAUUCACAACAUUGA